UCGAUAAUAUCGGUCACCACACGCCUUAUAAAAUAUGUUUACAAUAUGGCCGCUAUUUUAACUUCCGUGAUUUUGCUAGCUUACUUAACUCAGACAAGUGUCGGCGCAAACUCAAGCGCCUUAACUGCAUUACCAGAGGUCUCCACAGAAGCGCUUUUUGCCUUGCAAAUCCGACAAAUAAAGACGUCGUCAGAUCCGGAGCCGACGGCCGUCCCCGGAAACAAUCUAAACGACAUUGGCAGCACCAAUCCCGACAAAGAUGUACCCGAAGAAAAUUCUCAAGCAAUCUCAACAAUUUACUCUAUCAAAGAUAAAAAACGUAACGGCGAUGAACGAGGAAACGUUGAAUUACUUCCAUUUGAUGGCAAAGACGAGAAAAAUAACGAUGGAAAUGCCACAAAAAGUUUAGCUGAGGACGUUAUUGAGGAAGCAUUGCCUUUAGUUUGGGAUUCGUGUUUGGAGACUACUUAUAGGGAUAACCAAAAAAAUGUAGUGAAAGCUUCUAAUGACAUGGAAAUAGCUAAUAGUGAUUUUCAGGCAGAAUCAGAAGAAAAUGUAGAAUUCAGUGGAUUUUUUAACAAAAGAGACACGGAAGGUACCAACUUUACCGUGUCUAUGAAGCCUUGGCUGGCCAAGUUGAACAGUCUAAAGAGUGUUAGAAGUGAAGAAAGACGGCAAUUAAAAGAAUCGAUUUUCAUUAAGAAAAUUUCUGAUGAACCUACAACUACAACUACAACUGAACCGAUUGCUUCGACUAUGUCAACUGUUAGAAUAAUUCCAAUAACGCGAGAGAUAUUUAAAGAUUUAGAGGGGUCUCUGAACGCAACUCAAAAGCCAGUUGUAACGGAAAUUAGUAUAAAAGCGAGUUACACCGAAGAUUGGUUCGAAGCGAAGGACAGGGGUAAAAUAAGAUUUAGCGGCCUCCCUCAGAGAGAAACCUAUUUGAUUCCGGCGCUUAAGCUAGAGGAAGGCUUCCAUCCGUUCUCCUUUAUGUCGGAGUUUUUCACGGUGAUCUACCCUUUUGACUUCCCUGUAGGUCUUAUCAAGGAUAUUGUUUGGGGAAAGUUCACUUUUCCCUAUUCCUUUAUUCAGUCAAUAAAAGUGGAAUCCACAUUCCUGGCUUUCAUAAUAGCAUUUGCCUGCAUAGCCCUUGUGAUACCAUCGUAUCUUUUCAUCCUUGGAAUAUUGUCACUUUUCUCCCGAUCCCGAUGCGACGAUGAAACUGAAACUGGAGCUUUAUUUCCUGAUGCUGAAGAUUCAGAUUGCAACGACAGGGUGCUCGUGGUCAUGACGCUGUUCGUAGUGCUGCUUUGUUGUGUCCUAAUAUCAGGCAUGGCGGUCAGUAAUGAACAAGCGCACUCAGCAGCUGUAGAGAGCAGCAAUGUUUUACAGUGCGCGUGCGCCGACGUGUCAUCUUGGCUCGUGGCGGCUGCGCGGGAGUUGCACCACAGUCUUGCACCACCCGUCGAUUUAUUGCUGCACGCAUUUAGGGAGGACUUGAAAAACGCCGAGGUUCUGUUGGGCGAGCCUAUACAGCAAGCGAUAUCGUCGGAGAGCGGCAUCGAAUUGGUUUUUGAUUCUCUGGCUGAUAUUAUAUCAGAAAGCGAAGAUAUCUCCUCAAAAAUAUCAUCGCUGCGUGACGUCAGCAUGAAGGCCGGUGCCUUGACCGCUGCAGCAUCAGACAGGAUCAACGACUUGGCUCGCCAACUGGACAACCUGAAGAAGUUCUGCAAUCUUAAAGACAUGCCGCUAUGUGACACCGUCAAUACUAAUUCUUUGGAAAUGCAAAUGAAGUUCGAACUAAUACUUCGCGAGAAGCAAUUACUGGAUCUACGGACACUAGGGGUCCAUAAUCUGACCCAGGCCAUAUCCACCGCUCGCCAGGAGUUCAAAACUUUGCCCGCCGCUAUUGCAACUCAGACCGUCCAGGCUAGGAAAGAUAUCCUCAAUGACAUAGAAACUCGACGUCAAUCAGUCCACGAAUCUUCAAACGUUUUGAACGAUAUCGUACGCCAUCUCACAGCAGGUUUGCACUCUGUGUCCAGACGCAUAGAGUCGGGUUUGGAACGAGUGCAGAAAUACGAUUUUUGGAGAUGGGCACUUAUGUUGGCUUGUGUGGUAAUAUUUGCUUUCAUCAUGCUCCUCGUAAUAUUCGCCAUGAUGUGUGGCUGCGGCCACGCCAAAGACCACGGCAAGCGUACUCUACAAGUGUCUGCAGUCUGGCUGUGUUUCUCAUCCCUUAUUUUAUGGGGCAUGAUAUCAGCUAUUUUCCUUAUCACAGGACACGCAGAGGUUUACGUGUGCCACCCUCUGUGGGACAAGCCCCAAUACGAGACAUUGACUGCCCUCCUGGACAGGCCCUCUCCUUUGCUCCACAAGGACGAGGGAAUCUUUGAUGCACUCUUCAGGGACCUUGACAACGUCACCAUUGAUGUCUCUGUUAAGGAUUUUUUGAGGGAUUGUGAAAAAGACCGUCCAGCCUACAUAGUAUUCCAAUUAGACAAAGUCUUAGAUGUUAACAAAGAGACCUCCUAUUUUGAAUGGGAGGAGCUGCAAGCAGACUUGGGAAGACUGGCUUCUUCCAUUGAUGUCGGUCUUCUGAAAACAAUAUCGUUGAACUUUAAUAGACUAUUGACUCGGAUGCUUGUGGUCUCGGAUGUUAAUUUAGCAAAGUAUAGGAUGGAUUACAACGGACCGAUAGUCGGAAGGGAUUUGCCGUCUUUAGUGGACCAACUUCAAAACGUGGCCGCCCAGGUUUCCGACCUGACGACCGCCGGCCGCCUGGAGACGAUGGCCACUCGCACCAGGAGAGUGUACAUGACGAGCAUAAAGCCGUUAGAACAAGUGAGAGCAGACGUUGUGUACAAACUCACAGAGUUGGAACUACAGCUGAUGCCGUUUAGAAGAAAACUGAACAUUUCUCUAAGCCACAUAUACACAGCUCAGUAUUAUAUUGACAACCAAGGAGACGUGAUAGCGCAGAAGAAAGUAUCAAUGUACGUGUCCCGGCUGAUAUCGCAUGCAGCGGCCUGGAGGACCCACGUGCUUAUGUCGGUGGGCAAGCACGCUGCGAGGUGUAAACCCUUGUUCGCCGUCUACUCUGCCUUGCGGACUUUGUUGUGCUCUAAGUACAUCUCUUCUUUGCAUGGCUGGUGGUUCUGUGGAGUCCUCCUCGGGCUCUUAUGGUGUUCUGCACUCACGCCAUUGUGCGUCAGGCUAUGGCGCACCUAUGGGUGGAAGAUCCGAGCUCACGAGACUAUGACGCUCACCAAUCUUGGAUCAGGACAUCAAGAAAGUACCCCAACCACGGCGAUGUGCGACGGCAGUAAUUGGAAUACCCCAGGACCACCGCCAGCACCCAGAAGUGACAGUUGGUGAAACAGAAUGCAACAUUCUAACUACUAAUGUUACCAGCACAAAAUAUCCUAUUCGGGAUAUUAAGAUCUUUAUCAACAUUAUUCUUGAUUGAAACAUAUUCUUAUCAGAAUCUAUGAAUAAAUGUACUAGAGGUUUAAAAUUAACAAUGUAUGUAAAUAUUAUUUGUUGUUAUAUUCAUUAUAAACUUUUCGAUUGAUUAAUUAACUCCAAAGUUAGGCUGAACUAUUAAUAGCAAAUCACAGUAAAAUUCCGGUUAACUGUUCUUUCUAUUUAGCGUCUAGCUUUAACUCAGGGUAAGUGUUAAACAAGUAUAAAUAUUAACUUUACUUAGUCGGUAUAUAAAUAAAUAUAGGUAAUAUUGUUUUGGUUUACAAGAUAAU